CAAUGGGAGGGGGCGGGGCCAGCCGUGCGGGGCGGAAGUGCAGUGUCGGCUAUGGCAGGUCUGGAGUCGCAGCUGGCUGCAGGUUUUGAGAACUCUAUUGAAAGCAUCAAUAAAUUGCCCCAGGAUUUAUUUGCAGAGGUGUGCCAACAGAUCAUGUUAUACCUGCAGUGCAAAACCCCUGGUGUGAAUACACUUGAACUGGCUGAAAGACUUCAAAAUGCUGGUGUUGAACUGGACGUGGAAGCAAACUCAAGAUGGUUUCAUGCUAUCUCCUUGAUUUUCAGUAGGGCAGCUGCACAGAGCGGUGUGUCAGCUGAAGAUCUAGUUGUGAAGCUGGCAGAUAGCAGCAGUAAGUGGUCGAAGCAAGCGCUUCAGGUUAUCCGUCAUGUGUGGAACGAACAGGGCAAACUCAUUGUGACGACCGAGGACGCCAAGCACAUGUUAACAGUAGGACAGCUUGUCGACUUGCAGUGGAAACUGGGACUGGUUGUCAGUUCCGACAGCUGCAGGUCUCUGAAUUACCCGUACGUGACCAUGGUGCUGAAGGUAGCCGAUCCCUCGGGUGAAGUAAUCAGGAGGUCGUUUGAAAUGACUGUUCCACAGUUUCAGAACUUCUCCAAACAGUUCCGGGAGCUGGCAGCUGUCCUAGAAAUGGUCUGACGUUGCUUGUGUUCUGACAUCUGCUCUCUGAGCCCUGGUCUGGCUUCCAUUCGACAGAGGGAUUUCCACAAGAAAAUGGAUGCAUCCAACUUUUGAUGUGCAUUUUGGAUGAUGAUUUUUCUUUUGCCACCCAUAAUUCUCCAGUUGUUGAAUAAAAAUAUACAUUAAUACAGCACUGUGUGGGAAGAGCAAGAAGCCUUGCCCCCCUCAAAAAAAAAAGAAAAUUAGUGAAACCCGAAUUUAUAGUUGGAUUGGUGGGAUAGGAAGGAGUGGAUGUUGGUUAUUGACAAAGUGCCUAUGUAAUAGGCACAGAGAAUUGUUUUGUCUCCAACGUGAAUCUAAAUCUAUUUCACCCUGAUGCCCAUGUGCACUAUUACUAAGUCUUCAGGAAUGUAUUUGAAUGAGCUCUGGUAAUCCACCAGAAAUCUUUGCUGAUUGAAACUAAAUUAUCAAUGUUGUUGAAGGAUCUGUAACAGGGACCCUAUAGGGGCAAUAUCCUGCCAGUGUCAAGUUGUAAGUAAGUAGGUUGACAAAGGCAAAGCUUUCUUUCAGUUAAUCGAGCCAUUUUGCUUCAACUCUUACUGCUACAGAGUUUGGUUCCUUGUAUUAAUAUCUCUUAAGGACUAAAUUAACAAGGAUAUAAUGAUUAAAUUGGAUCACAUACAUUUUCUAUACACUUCAAUGCAUUGGUUUAUUUAUGCAAUCAGUUUUUAUUUGGGUGGUGAUUUUUUUUUGAGUGCAGUUUUAGCCAGAUGCAGGGCUGUGCAGUUGGUAUGGGGGUAAGUAGUAAUGAAAGAUGUGUAAUAAUAAAAUAGAUUCUCAUGAAUUGAUUGCGGUUUGGGUUUCACCAUACUUGCCUCUUUAGGCUACUCAAUCCGUGUGUCAGCAUUUCACUGAGUUUGCACUGAACAUUGAUUCACACAAUGCAGACAGUCAGUGCUGUGUGUCAGUAACCAUUCAACGUUUGUUAGCAGUUGAUGCAAGAUUAGUAUUAAGAAUUCUCAGUUUCACACUAUCCAAAUUACUUCAGGAAGCUAGCCCCCUGCACUCUGAAGAAAGCCAUAUUCGUUUUCAGUCUUGGAUUGUCUUUUUGAUGAAGAAAAUGUUGCUUUUGCAUCCAGGGGAUGUAAUCUUUGCUUACAAAAUAUGGUUGAAAAUAAAUCUGCUGGAGUUGCAUACACCAAUUUCAACAGUUAUUGUUUUUGGAUUUCAGCAUUCCAUUUAAUCCUUCCCCUUUAAAGUUAUUGCAAAGUCACCAGUUUCCUAAGUCAUUAUGUCCUGUUGAAGUAGUGGAAAGAUCAGAAUUAUCGUUACUCCAACCACCCUUUGACUUGUACCUUCUUUGAUCUCUUGCUGAAUAAUAAACACAAAUUUGCAAACUGUUGUGCAAUUCUGGACCAUUGUUGCCUGAAAUGCUUGGUCAUGUGGGACAUACUGCACUUUGUUCUCCCUGAGCUGUGAAGUUAGAUCCAUCGAUACUAAUGCUUCUUUGUUUGACUAAGAUUGAUGUCUCUUCUGACUCAGAAUCCAUUCAACACAAUGCUGACUCAGAAUCUAUUCAACACAAUGGCACAGCUCGUGAAGCUGUUGCCUCAGAACUCCAGUGAGUGUUCAAUUCUGGCCUCUGGUACUCUCUCUGGAGUUCGCAUGUUCUCCCUGUGAUGGUUUGGACUUUCCACUGGGUGCUCUGGUUUCCUCUCACAUCCCAGUAUAAAGAGGUGAGGGGAAGGGGUGGAGCAAGAGCAACCCUUUCCCUCACCUCUUUAUACCAGUUAUCUCCCCUCUACUCUUUCAGUCCAGAUGAAGGGCGGCAUGGUAGCGUAGCGGUUAGCGCGACGCUACUACAGCGCCAGUGAUCGGGGUUCGAUUCCCGUCGCUGUCUGUAAGGAGUUUGUACAUUCUCCUGUGUCUGCGUGGGUUUCCUCCUACAUUCGAAAGACGUACGGGUAGGUUAAUUUGGGGGUUUAAAAUGGGCGGCGUGGACUCGUUGGACCGAAAGGGCCUGUUACCAUGCUGUAAAUAAAAAUUUUUUAAAAAAUUUGAAA